AUUCUGUGGUAACAGUUCCCUAAUUCUACAUAAACUGAAUUAGUGGUCAGAACCGAUGAGCACUCUCGUGUGGAUGUAAAAUCUGAUAGGUGAUGUCAUUUAAACACAUUUAAACAGUUAAUGGUGGGACAGAAACAGCUUAAAAUAACUGUUAGAUAUGUUCUGUUUUCUAAAGUAAAACUGUAGGCUGCAUUUUGAUCAUUAUUUAAUUUCAUGUAUUUUAUGCAGUUGAAGUGUCAGUCACAGGGUUUAUGAAGGCAAGAACUGCAUUUAUGAGGCUUACACAUUUAAACCUCUUUUUUUCUGGGAAGAAGAAAAGUGUAGGAUGACAAAAUAGAAAGUGGUGUCAUCUCACUGAAUUUGUUUACGUGUUAGCAAAUAAGCACCCAUUUGAUUUAAUUAUGCUGUAUUUUGAAUAAAUGAGACAGUUGUCUGACAUGAGAAAUCACUUAAUGUCCAAAUUUACUGAGAACUUUUGAGAGACCUCCAUAUGUAAAGAUUUUGUGUGGCAACAAAAUUGAUAAAAAAAAUUUUAGUUCUGACAUAACUGAAGUAAUAUACCUGAAUGAACACAUUUCUCCAUUCUGUGGCUUUUGAGAACAUAGCUAAGAAAAAGGCAAUUUGAAAGAAAAUGGGACUUUGAUGAAAUUCCCAGCUUGUAGCACUGUCCACUGAAAUAAGGAUAACCUGAAUUCAGUCCUGACUUGGAAUGAGUUCCUGAGUUCAUGAAAAUAAUGGAACUGAUGUGGAUCUGGUACAAUAUUUCAAGUCAGUGUCUUGAUUUAUUAGGACUAGGAGGAAAAUAUAUUGCCCUGGCCAGGCAGUGGCAGAAAAAUGAUGAUUGCUAACUUGUUUUUUACUUGCUAGACUUGUCACACAAAUUCUACUUAUCACUCUCUCAGUUUUCAGUAUCAAAAGGUUUAAAUCUUUCUGAUUUAGGAAAUCUGUUGCAAAAAGACCUGCCAACUCUCCCCAGGAAAAUAAAAUCAACAUUCAGAGAGAUACAUGCCUUUGUCAUGGUGAGCAGGCACAAGAGUUUUCUGGAUCAGCCAAUUCAUGAAACCCAGAAUCUUCAGCCAAAGUAGACGUGCUACCCCCUUGAGCCUCUUCUGAGUCCUUAAAUUCAAAAUUUGCUUUGGCACAAUGCUUGAAUGCCAUCACAAAAAUGUGUGCAGUGGACAUUACAGUGUCUUUCUUUAACUAGAACCCAGAUAUCAGCACAAGUGGAAAUGUUCAUAUCCUCUUUCAGCCUAAAGCAUUUUCCAGAUAGGAAUUAAUUUAUAAUGAAAACUAUGAUAGUCUUAAUUUUUAGAAGAUAAAUGAUUGCUAAUUAGUUACAAUAAUUUGAAAUCUUAUAGCUCUUUUCUCUGUGGAUAUCAAAACACUUCGCUAAGAUGGGUAAGUAUUAUUAUCUAAUUUUUCACAGGAGAUAACUGAGACAGCCAGAGGUGAAAUGGCUGAUACAAAUUGUACACGUCAUUAGUGGGUUUGGAAUUAGAAUUCAGGUCUCUGAACACUCCACUAUCUAUUUAUGCAAAUAGUCUAUAACUAUUUCUUCAACUUCAGUGAUACCAGUUGUGUUACCCCAUUAAAAACUCAUGAACUUCAUUUAAAUAUAUCGAGAUCUAUUGCAAUUGUUUUAUUUUCAUUUGUUUUCUAAAUGUAAAACUUUCUGCUUGUCUAUUUUCAAGUUUUCCUCAGCACUCCUAAGGGAGAAAAGCUCAUUUGGAAUUCUUAUGUAAAAUUAUGCAGGAAAAUCAGAUUCUGGCAGAUUCUCUGAACUUUUGGAUGAAGAUUGGCUAUAUAACAACAAGAAUGACAUGUCUGAAAUAUUUUUUUGUCCUCCUUGUCCUUCCUGUGGAUGGCAUUAUGUUAGGACACUUCACAUGUCCUGAAAUAUCAGAAAUUCCUGAAAUUCCUCAAAAUAUUUUUCCCAAAUGGAUUCUGAUCCAAAGCUGGAAACAGGAAAUGCAUUUUUAGGGACUUCUUAGUGGUAUCAAAAUCAUGAUCACAAAUGGAGAUUUUCUGGGAUCCUGCCCAUAUUUCUUAUUCUGAGUAUUCAUGUUUCUUUAUAUACAACUGAAUUUUCUGAUUUCAGGUAGUUUUUUUUAAUGCUGUAGUAUUGAUACAGACUUCAAUGUGCAUUUUAAGGUGUUUCAUUUGGAAAUGGAGAACACAUAUGAAAUCAAAGGCAAAACAAAAUAUAAAGAAAGAGCAAUGCUUAUGCUUUUUUCCUUCUUUUUGUGAAUUUUGUAAAAAUGGUCGAUGUGUUUGGUUUUUAUAUUACAAAUUUAUAUGAUAAACUUUCCACUUCAGAGGACAAUAAUAACAAAUGAAAAUUUUAGCACCCUGAAAAAGAUGGUCUGAAAGACGAAAAUCAUGUGAGGAAGGGGUGUUAUUAAGCUAUUUAAUUUUUUUUUAAAUUGUGUUAACUUUUAAAAUUUGUUUUCCAUUAUCAUAAAGUGUUUUGAAGAAAGUCAUUUUCUCUUAAAGAUUCAUCUCUCUUGCUUUUCAUUUUAAGAUAUUAGGUGAGCUCAGCAUGUCUGCCUCUGGAUAUUUUUGUCAAGUCCACCACAAGGUGAAGGAAUAGCCUUCUUGUCUCAAAAGCAGAUCUUAUAUCCCAGAAUAUUAACGAGAAACUCAACACAUUUAAAUCAUGUCAGUUCCCACCAUUACACAGUAUUUAGAUGAAAGUCUUGCUGUACCAAUUCAUUCAGAGCCUGGAGUCCUAAAGCCAAUUAAUUCACUCUACAAAGUAGGACAUAUCUUUGUAUUAUCUACAUUUGUGUACAGGCAGAAGACAAAUAGCAUCUUUGGGAAUCUCAAAGCAUUUGAGAGGAAACAAAAAUGGUCAAAAUGGUAAAUAAAGGCAACAAUACUAAAGGUUUGUCUUUACCACUGCCAGGGAGUGAGGACAUCCAUCUUUUCCAAUGGAAGAGGAACCAGAAGAAGAUGCAGAGUCAGAUUCCAGUGGUGAAGAUAUCACUUCUGAUGAAGAAGAUGAUAGUGAAGUAUCCUCAGAAUCACAGAAAAGGCUUGAGGAGGAAAAGAAGAAAAUCCCAGAAACCUUCUUCUACACAUAUGAGGAUGUAUAUUCAGGACCAUAUGCCACUGAUGACACUGAGAUAUCUACUGACCUUCUUACUUUUAAACAUUCUUUUGGAUAUGACUGUACCAGACCUGUAAACCUGAUGAUAAUGGAUAGACAUACUGUGGGGUAUAUAGCAGGAAACCAGGUGGUGCUCCAGAACCUCAGAACAAAGUAUCAGAAAUACGUCCGGAGCAGCCGUGGCGGUGGAAUUGGGUUUAUCACAGCACACCCUGAUAAGGAGUACUUUGCAGUAGGAGAAAAAGGAAUAAAGCCAAACAUUGUCAUCUACACAUAUCCUUCGGUGAGGCCCUACAGAAUACUGAGAGGUGGAACAGAAGUAGCCUAUGUUUUUGGUGAUUUCAACCGUACUGGCACUUUGCUGGCCAGUGUUGGGAGCAGCCCUGACUACAUGUUGACUAUCUGGGACUGGAAGCAAGAAGAGACUCUGUUGAGGUCAAAAGCUUUUGCACAGGAUGUUUACAAGGUCAUGUUUUCUGCUGAGAAUGAAGAGCAUCUAACUACAGCUGGAUCAGGACACAUCAGGUUCUGGAAGAUGGCUCUCACACUAACUGGUCUCAAGUUACAAGGAGCUUUGGGCAGGUUUGGAAAAACAGCAGUGUCUGACAUUUUAGGUUUUGUGGAGCUGCCUGAUGGGAAGGUUGUCUCAGGAACUGAGUGGGGCAAUUUGCUGCUUUGGGAAGGUGGUCUCAUUAAAGUAGAGCUGUGUCAAGUUGGACACAAGCCCUGUCACGAGGGCCCUGUCAGCCAGUUAGUUUUUGAUGAAGGAGACCUUUACUCUGUUGGAAAAGAUGGUGUCAUUCGGAUGUGGAACUUUGAGGUAGUAGAUACUGCUGAUCCUGUGGAUGCCACAGGGUUAGUGGAGAUGGAGCCUAUGAAUGAACUUUGGCUUGGCAAGAAUGUUAGCCUGAAUUUCAUAACAAAAAUUCAUGACCGUGAACAUCCCUUUUGGUUUGCUCAGGAUACAAAUGGAGCAAUAUGGAAGCUGGAUUUGACUUUUUCAAAUAUGACCCACGACCCAGAGCGUGUGUGUACCUUCCACUCUGGGAGGAUCGAGGCCAUCGGUGUCUCUCCCUUUACGUACCUGAUGGCCACCACAGCUCUUGACCGGACAGUGCGCAUCUAUGAUUUUGGCAGCAACAGCCAACUGAGUGUAAUCAAGUUUAAGCAGGGAGGAACAGCACUGACAUGGGCACCGGCUGUUGUAAAUCCUGAAGGAGGUUUGAUUGCUGUGGGGUUUGAAGAUGGUGUUGUCCGCUUAAUUGAGGUUUAUGAUCCCAAACUGCUGCCUGGUCAUGAAGAACAGGCCAGUGAGAGUGUGGAGAUAAAUCUGAAACAAGUUUUCAAACCUCAUGCUGCUGCAGUUACAGCCCUGGCAUAUGAACAAAAGGGAGAUGUGUUUGCCACAGGGAGUAAAGACAGAACAGUUUUCUUUUUUGCUAUUGAGGACAAAUACAAGCCAAUUGGAUUCAUCUGUGUCCCUGGACCUGUACAGGCAUUACAGUGGUCUCCACCUUCUCAUGACAAGAGCACACUGCUCAUCCUUUGUGAGAAUGGCUUUGCUGUCCAGGUUCCUGCCCCUCUCCCAGGAAUGCAGGAUGCAAUGACCACCUAUCACAUAACAAACCUGCCAACACAGUACUUCCAUUUUUAUAGUAUUAAAUCCCGAAUCAAGCUGGAAGAGGAGAUUGCACGGAGAGAGAAAGUAAAGCAGGAGAAGGAGAAAGCAAGGCUUGAAUGGAUAAAGCAGCAAAAGGAGAUGGGACUUGAGGUAGAAGAAACUGAAGAGGAAGAACCUGAGGAAGAGCCAUUGCCAGCUAUCUACAUACCAGAGGAGCCCAGUCCCAUCCUCUGUGGCUUUUAUUCAGCACCAGGAAAAUUUUGGCUUUCCUUGGGUGGGUACGACUCAGGGUUUCUCUAUCAUUGCGAAUUCUCAUGUGAUGGUGAAGAAGACCCUGAGAAGAGGAAAGAUGAACCCUUUGAAUUGAUUCCUAUGGAGAACACCAAUGACAAUCCCAUUCACCAAAUCUCCUUCUGUACCAGCAACCCCCUGAUGUUCUGUGGGAUGCAGGAUGGCUCGCUGCGUGCUUAUCCUCUCAGUGAUAAAGAUCUCUCAGUGGAUUCCCUGAAGGACUACUGGUACCUGAAUGUACAUGACAAUGAUAACGGGCAGAUCCGGGGGAUCUGUUGUAGUCAUGAUGAUGGGUAUCUGAUUACCUGUGGUGGAGAUGGAAACAUCUUUACAUUUGAGCUCUGGUCAGAGGAAGAGCUUCCCAAAGAGCUAAAGGUCGUAAUCCCCCCUCCUAGGAGUGGUCUUGAGAAGGAGAAGGCUACUGAAGACAUCAAGGAUCCUGAUGCCUACACUAUUGAGGAAUACAAGCAGAAAAAGGAGUAUGAACGGAAAAUGAAGGAAGCUGAAGACAAGAAAAAUAAGAAAAGACAGGAGUUAAGUGCACUGAGACAAGACUUUGUUUUUCUCCUUCAAAAGAAUCAGGAGUUGCCCAAGCACAUGCAGUUGUGUGGAGAGGAGUUUGAGAUGGACCGUAGGAUCUUUGAAGAGCUGGAUAGGCAGACACUACAGAGAAUCCAGUUAGUGCAAAAGGAGUUGGCUUGGGAGCACGAGAAACAAUUGAUUGGACUGCAGAAACUACAAGCACGGUUUCAGGACCCUCUGGAAUUUACUUACACUGUUCAUGCUAUUCAAAGCAAUCAUCAGAUUUCCACCUACAGCCUUCUAACAGUGUCUGAGAAAUACGCCCAAGAUAAGAAACACGGGGGCAGCAAGUGGGCAGUACUUAAAAAGAAGUGGACAGCAUUUAAAGAGACAGAAGAAGCAAAAGAAAAGAUCCCCAAAAAGAAAAGACAUCUGCAUAGAGAAAGUGUUUUUGAACGUGAGACUGAAAUGCUGGAGACACCAGAGGUCCAAAAGCAAACCACGCGUUAUAUAGAAAGCAGACGUGAGAAAAUCAGAAGACUUGUUGAGAAAUAUGAUGCACUGAAAGCCAAGAUCAUGAAGAGGAGGGCAGAGUGGAAUGAAUUAUACAAAAGCAAACCUAGAGUGAACUUUGAGAAUCCCAGAGAUACUGAGGAGAUCAAAGAAGCACAGAAGAAUAUAGGAUGUUACAGGCUGAAGACUGCCACUAACUACACACUCACUGAAGAUGAUCGCAUAAGCACUAAAAAGAAGAUGAUUCAGCUUGCAACCCUGGAAAACUUGAUCCAUAGGAUGAAAGUGAACAUGAACAAAGAGAUUGUGUCUUUGCGGGAUCUCAAGGUUUCCAUUAUUGAUGAAAUCAAGAGUUUAGUGAAGGAAGUGAAAUCCAUACAGGCACGCUUGGAUGUAUCAGAACAUCUCCCUAUUCCCCUGAUCCCUCAUUUACAUCCAGAUGAGGUUCCUGAAAAAAUAGUUGAAUACAACAGUGAUGUCCUCCUAAAGUUCAAAGAGGAGCAGGAGGCCAAGGCAAAGCUCAAGGAGCCAUUGGAAGGGUGUCCCUCAUUUCGUGCAUUUAGGCACGUGCUUCUUCAAACUCCUCCAGUGGAAGAGGGUGACCCCAUGGCACAGGCUGGAGAUGCAUCAGCUGUGGUCACAGAGGAGCAGCAGGCUUUUGUGAUGGAGAAGGCAGAGCCAACAGAAAUGGAACUGGAAAUUUUAAAGAGGGAGAAGAUAAAAAAUUUAUACUUGCAGGAGACCUUGAUUAAAAAGAUCAACACACUGGUGAUCAACUUUGAUGCUGAACUUCGCCUUUUGCGGCACCAGAAGCUGAAAAUGGAUAUGCAGCUGAAAAGUGCUGAUCUGCGCUGCAUCACAUGCUGUGAAGAGCUGCUUAUCCUGAAGAAACUUGAGAUACAUGAGGACUUUCUUGAGGAGCAAAUUGGUGCCCUCAUUAAUGAACAGGAGGACAUGCAAUCAAAAUUGAAGAGCUACCUUGCACAAAUAGAAGAUAGAAAAUGUGAGAUUGUAAUGCUUCAGGAGCGUGAGAAAGCUCUUUAUGCCAGCUUUGAAGCAUCCCUUGGAGAAGACAAUGAAUUUGCUGAUUUUCUGACCAAUCUUUUGAAGCAGGAAGUUGAGUAUGUGGAAAAAGAAGUAGGAAGAGAAGCAGAUAAAGAAAAUGAGAAUGAAGAGAAGGAUGAUGAAAAACCUGACUUAAAGACUGAUGAAGAAAAUUGUGGAUCUGAAGAUGUAGCCUUUGGUGGCUCCAUUUGCCCAGAAGGCUGCAGUGAGGAUCUCUUCCUGAACACCAUCCAGCUCCGGCAGCAGCGGAUAGGCAUUGAGAAAGCUUUAGAAGAGGAGAAGAAAGUUGCUGCUGACCUCAAAAAAGAAUAUAAUGCCUUGGCCUUAAAGGCAAAAGAAGUAGAUACCAGUCUGGACACAGCAAACAGGGAACUGGAGGCCUUUCAGUGGGAAAAGCUGCACAGGCUGAAUGAGCUGUAUGUAGUUGUACCUUUGAGACUCCAUCAGGUGCAGUGCUUGGUUGAUGGGGAGAUGCCCCGUGACUUCUCCCAUACUUUAGUAUUUACCAACGAGUCCUUGCAGUACCUGAAGAAGAGAAUUGUGGACCUACGUAAUGAAAAGAUAAUGCAAAGAGAGACCCACAAGAAGGCCAAGGAGCAACAUAAGCAGCUUCUCCAGGACAAAAAGGAGAUGGAGAUGGAGAUUCAACAACUGGAGGAGAGGUGCAAUCUUCUGAUGAUGGAGAAGUUUGGUCGGCUGGUUGAUUUUGAAGCAGUUCAAGCCCACUCUGUUAAUAUACCCAUGGAGCAGAUGAAAGUGAGAAUAAUGGAGAAGGAGUAUGAGCAUUUCGUGGAGCUCAAAGAAUGGGAGGAAAGAAUUGUAGUCCUGCAGCAUCAGUUAGCGAAGCUGACAAGGGAAAACACCAGCAAGCUGCACCAGAUGAACAGGUUUUGCCAUGAAAAGCAUCAGCUUGAAACUGAGCUGGAAUCACUGACAACUGGUCAGGGUGGAGAAUUUGAGAGCACCCAAAAUGCUGACAUCAAAGAGACAGCCAGGCUGGAGUCACAGCUCACACAGAUAACUUGUGAGGUGGCCUUUCUGAGACAGGCAAUCAGCCAGAAUAGACUGGACUUAAAAGAACUCGCUUCCCUUAGGAGAAAAGGUGGGCCCCUCUUACCACAGGACUCUGAGACUCCAACUUCCUCUUCAGAAACAGUCACUAACAAUCCAAGUCACCCUUAAAAUUAACUGUGGCAGCAGUCAUGCUUGGAGGUGCAAAAUUAAUUGGUUUUGGCUAUCCAGGGGUUUAGUUGUAAGGGGUUGCAUUUGUUUUUUCUAUCAAAACACGACUGUAACAUAUAUGGAAUAAAAAAUAGCAAAUGAAACUACUAAAUACUGUUAUCAGUCCAUUGCAGAGGGUUGUACUGGACAAGGUGCCCUUUGUGUGUCCAUGUGUGUGCAUUAUGUCUGUCUACUCUUCAAACAAGUGGCUGUUGA